AAUGUCUCUCCCAGCACCUGCCCUGACAUCACGGCGAAAAAGAAAAAAAGAUGGUGAUAGAACGAUCUCUUGGCCUUCACUGAGCAGCACAGAUCCUCCUUUCGUUCUCUGUUUCACCGAACGACGUCUGGACGGCGGUUUUAUAUCUCCUUUCCAUCUACAACUACCACCAACACGACCACCAUCAUGCGUUGGAGUUGGCUUGUAGCGUUGGUAGCAGCUACAUUCUGGCGGGGAGUUUUGUGUGCCAGCCUCUCGACCGCAGAGGCCUCCAAUGUCAAAGCACGCCUCGCAGAAGCCGCGCAGGAAAGCUGGGAACUCGGAACUCGCGAACAAACCCUCCUCGAGACAGAUGCGACCGUCUACUCUGUCUUUUCGGACCAGUCCCUCCCUCCACCGUCGACUGUACCCGAUAAUAUGACAGACGCCCUCGCGCCUGUGCUCUCCUUGGCCCAGGAAAUCGUCGCGAACAGGAGUGCCUCCAAUCAUAAUAUAUCUGGCGCCCAGCCGUUGAUGGCUGACGGGAGCGCCGCGGACCCGGCGUCGAAUGGCGUUGCGGUCCUCAUUGCGGGGUGGACGGGCCAGGGGGACGCGGAUGGGUUGAAUUAUACGGGUGCAGCGACGGACCAGUUGGAUUUUCUGCUGAACAACGUGUCGAGGUCGAGCGAUGGUGCUAUUUCGCAUAGGGUGUCGCAGACCCAGUUGUGGAGCGAUUUUGUGUAUAUGGUCCCGCCCUUCCUUGCGUACUACGGUGUGCUUACUGAGAAUGAGACGCUAGUCGCAGAGGCGUACAACCAGAUCAAACUAUAUCGAGAUAACCUACGGGACACUAACGCAAAUAACCUCUGGCAGCACGUUGUACUCGGCGGUUCUGGAACGGAUUCUGGGCACUGGUCGACGGGCAAUGGAUGGGCCGCUGCAGGGAUGCUCAGAGUGUACGCGACGAUCCAGAAAUCCCAGUACGAGAGCACGUUUUCGAGCGAGCUGCAGGAUCUCGCGUCUUGGGCUGUCGAGAUACAGAAGGCAAUGUAUAACGUUGUGGACAAAACCUACAUCUUCCGAAAUUACGCCGACAAUGAGAGUACGUUCUAUGACUGCUCCUCGACCGCUCUCAUGGCGUAUACGGUCUACCGGCUGUACACUGUCACGGGGGAUACGUCGUAUAUCCGCCAGGCCGAGCGUAGUCGGCAGGCUCUGUACGCGAGCGGGGUGACGUCGACGUAUUCGUUAUCGGCGAGCUCCACGUCCACGAGUACAGCGUCAGCAUCAGCAUCGACUUCGACUUCGCCCUCGACGUCUGGAUACAAGCAUUUCACUUCAGAUGGGUGGUUGACGCCUGUGGUGAACCCACAUUCGUACGGGCUAGAGGGAUCAGAGAGUGCGGAGGCUCAGGCAUUCGUGUUGUUGAUGCAGUCGGCGUACGAGGAAUGGGUUGCAGACGGAUCACAGGGAAGUGGAGCCUUGCAAUUGCGUGUGUCGGUUUGGGGGGUGUUAUUGGCUCUUCUGGCAGGGGUGGUGGGACUGCUGUGAACGAUACGAUACCCCCUUUCCCGGUUUGAAGUAUACUUAUUACCAGUUUUUAGGAUAUUUUUCAUGGAGAUCUUUUACAUAUCUUUAGACGCUUACCAUAACUUUUUGUAUCAUUGUGCUUUCGUUGUACUUAGUGGGAUUGAUAGAUGUUGUAUUUCCUUGGACGUCGCCU